CUCUGCACCGUCCGUCCAAACGCCAGCGCUCUCGCACACGCCGCCGCACCUCCUACUCCUCUCUCACACCUCGCGCUCCCGGCAGCGUCAAGCCGCGCCUCCUCCGCCUGCUGCCAGCGCGAUGAAGCUGCCUCCACCGCUGGCCGCCGCCUCGCGCGGCGCCUCCCUGUCGCCCACGCUGGCCGCGCGCGUGCUGAGUGCCGCCACCGCCCACGCUGCCUCCUCCUCCUCCUCCUCCUCCUCUUCCUCUUCCUCCUCUCUCCUCUCUCGGCGCCUGCCACAACCACGGCGCAUCUCGCCUCUGGCGCGCAGUGCCGCGCUCGUCUCGCCGCGCGCCUACUCCAGCCUCGACGCGGCCGUCGCAAAGGCGGCCGGCACGCAGAGCAGCGGCCUCAUCACCGUCUCGACGCUGCCGAACCGCGUGCGCGUCGCGACCGAGGCGACGCCCGGACACUUCUCCGCCGUCGGUGUCUACAUUGACGCCGGCAGCAGGUACGAGCGGCCAGACGUCCGGGGCGAGAGCGGCGUGAGCCAUUUGCUGGACCGCAUGGCGUUCAAGAGCACAAAGAACCGCUCCGCCGAGGAGCUGACGGCGGAGAUUGAGGCGCUGGGCGGCAACGUCAUGUGUUCGUCGUCGCGCGAGACGAUCAUGUAUCAGUCGUCCGUCUUCAACCAGGAUGUGGGAGCCGUCAUGUCCGUCCUUGCCGACACGAUUCUGCAUCCUGCGCUGCUCGAGGAGGAGCUGGAUGCGCAGCGCGACGCGACGGCGUGGGAGAUCCAAGAGAUCAACAACAAGCCCGACAUGUACCUGCCCGAACUGCUGCACACGGUGGCCUUCCAGCACAACACGCUCGGCAACGCGCUCCUCUGUCCCCUCGACAGUCUCGAGGAGAUGACGGCCGAGAAUCUGCGCGACUUUAUGCACUCGUGGUACACGCCCGAGCGCAUCGUCGUGGCGGGCGCCGGCAUGCCGCACGAGCAGCUCGUGCAGCUGGCGGAGAAGUACUUUGGAGGUCUGCAGGCGCGGCCUGCCCUCGAGGCCUCCUCCGUUGCUGCUGCACUGGAAGGUCGUGCGUCGACGACUGGCAGCUCCUCCUCGCGCUCCUCGAGUCAGUCCUCUCUCUUCUCGCGUCCCUCGACGGCCUCUUCUUCCGCCUCCACUGCCCCUCCCGCAGCCGACUUUUCCACCGCUGCCAAGGCGGCCGCCCAGCAUGCCAGCGUCACGCCCUUGGCCGCACGGCCCGAGCUCGCCGCGCAACGCGCGCGGUAUACAGGAGGCGAGCGCUACGAGUCGCAUCCCGAUCUCGAGUUCACGCACGUCUACGUGGCCUUUGAGGGUCUCUCGAUUCACGACGACGACAUCUACGCGCUGGCCACGCUGCAGAUGCUGCUUGGCGGCGGCGGCAGCUUCAGUGCCGGCGGGCCGGGCAAGGGCAUGUACAGUCGCCUCUACACCAACGUGCUGAACCAGUACCACGCCGUCGACUACUGCGCCGCCUUCCAUCACUGCUACGCCGACAGCGGCCUCUUUGGCAUUGCCGCCAGCGUCUCGCCGUCGUUCAACGGCAGCAUUGGCAAUCUCAUUGCCACGCAGCUGGAGCUCUGCACGAGCCCGCAUCUGCGCGGCGCAAUCACCACUGCGGAGUUGGCGCGCGCGCGCAACCAGCUGAAGAGCAGUCUCGUCAUGGCGCUCGAGUCGCGCCUUGUUGAGGUGGAGGAUCUGGGCCGCCAGGUGCAGGUGCACGGCCACAAGAUUAGCGUCGAGGAAAUGUGCGCGCGCAUCGACGAGGUGGACCUGGCGCGCCUGCAUCGCGUGGCCAACCGCGUGCUGCGCCCCAGCAAGCAGGUCGCCGGCGUCCAUGCCAAGCCGCUCAACUUUGGCCUCGGCAGCGGUCAGGCGACGGUGGUGGCGCAGGGCAACCUCGAGGGCUUGGGAGACGUGCGACAGGCCCUCUUCAAGCGCGGCCUCGGCGCGGCUCCUACGUCGUUGGCAUGAGGCCACAGCGUGACACACGUCCGUCUGACCUCCCUCCCCCCCUCCUCCCUCGUCGAUUGCGUAGCGCCAACGCCAAGUCUACUCGCACCCUGUCGAGAAGGAGCAUUGCUGCGCCGAGAAUGCACGACGAGGGCGUUCCUGCCAGCUCAGAACCCUCUCACCGCCUCGCGCGCCUGCAGAUCCCACUCGGCACACUCCCACCCCUUCUUUUCUUCACUCUCUGUAUUCCUAGACGCACAAACGGGGGCCAUUUUCACCACUCUUGAAAGCACACACAAGAUACGGGGCAGCAUGCCUCUUUCUUUUCCCUCCAAGUCUGUCCUGGCUCGGGCCUCGAGGACGAAAAGGGCUGCGCAGGCGGAUG